CAGAGAGAUCACCACAGAGCUGUUCCUUGCAGCCCUCGUCCUCUGCAGAGCAUCACUCCACCUCAUCAGCCAAGGUCCAUUUCCCACCUGCCCCUGGCGCGACCAUGCUGGGCCCGGCAGCGCGGCUCUCGGUCCUGCUCGGCCUCCUUGGCUUUGGGAGAGGCCAGAUGUUCCACAUGGGACCAUGCCCAGAUCCACCAGUCCAAGAAGACUUUGAUAUCAACAAGUAUUUGGGAAAAUGGUAUGAGAUAGAGAAGCUGCCCUCAGGUUUUGAGAAAGGAAGCUGCAUCCAGGCAAAUUACUCGCUGAAGGAGAACGGGAAGUUCAUGGUGAUCAACAAGGAGGUGCUCUCCAAUGGCAAAGUCAACGAAGUCGAAGGAGAAAUGAUGCACAUGAAUGUCAAGGAGCCGGCCAAGCUGGGUGUCCGCUUUAACUGGUUCAUGCCUUCUGCCCCUUACUGGGUCAUCUCCACCGACUAUGAAAACUACUCGCUGGUUUACUCCUGCACUAACAUCCUCUGGCUCUUCCACAUGGACUACGCCUGGAUUAUGUCAAGAGCGCCUGAUAUGCACCCAGAAACCGUGGAACACCUGAAGAGUGUUCUUCAGUCCUACAAGAUCGAUACCGAGAAAAUGAUGCCCACGGAUCAACUUAACUGCCCUCCUGAGAUGUAACUCCCGGCACACAGUGACACACCACCAGACCAGCGAUGAACUUUGUUGCUUUCUUUAUUAUCCAUUAGAAUUUCUCUAUGUAACAGAGAAAUGAAAUAAUUCCUUUGCUAACUAUAGUUUGCCAGCCC